AUGAGGCGAGCGGUGACAAAUCUAAUCCCUCUGAACAAAACAAGGAUCCUGAAGACGCUGAAAUUGGAUGUUUCGUCAGUGGAUGACUUUUAUAUCGAGCUCGAUGAUGCACAUAAGACAUAUUUGCCUGGAGAGGAGGUGAAGGGCCAGGCCAUUCUUCAGCUAAAGAAGAACCUGAUCAACGUGGCCGUGACACUUUCGCUUUUGGGAGCAGUGAAGCUCAAGAAUCUGUCACCAAGCUCAUCGUGGCGUAGUUCGCGAAAGAAGGUCCUUUUCAGCCAUACAAUCAUGAUAUAUGGGGGCGACGAUGCCGAUACCGGAGUUGAGCCUGGUGCGGAGGCCGUUAACGGCCUGACAAGAGGGGAGCACCGUUUUCCAUUCAUAGUAAAGCUUCCCAAGAAAAAGGUUUUUACCAGCAUUUCAUUUGAAAAGGGAUCAAUUCGUUAUUCACUCAAAGCGUCUCUUUGUGACCUCAAGGACAAGCAAAUGGUGUUGGACCUGGACGAAGAGGUUUCUAAGAAGACCCAGAACAACUCCUCAUUUCUGACAUGCGAGAAAUACCUCAACAUUGUCAAACCUAUCAACGUGGCUCUUUUCCCCUCGCCAAAACCAAAAGUGUUGGUAUUGAAAUACCCUACGAAGAAGCUGAGGCGAACACAGUCGUCCUCUUCAACUAUCAACUCACAGACAUCCACUAACUCUCAAGAGACACCACAGCACCAGCUUCAGACACCGCAUUCUCAAGAAGCUGACCCGGGGGCUUUCGGAUCCCAAAUCAAACUCACUGUCACAUUGCAAGCCAUGGGGUAUCUCCGGGGCGAGAUUAUCCCCGUGCGGAUAAACCUGCAGCACUUCAAGCAGACCCGAAACAUCAACGGGAUUGUGGUCACAUUGAUCCGGAUUUGUCGCAUGGAUAUGGGCGAGGACUCUGCUAUUCAAAGUUUUAGAAAAGACCUGGCUCAAUCUAUACUACCACUGUACCUAGACCCACAGACUCAUCGAUGCGAAUUGAACACCUCGCUGCGAGUCCCUACCGACGCCUUUCCCACGAUAGUUGGUUGUGAAAUGGUGAGCUUCCAGUAUUUUGUGGAAGUCUUGGUGAAUUUGUCCAACUCGAAGAGCUCCACGAAUGCGAUGGCGACGCCCUCCAGAUUAGAUGCUGGUCUCGACGAGGAGAACAUAGAGGACGUUACGACGAGCUCUUUCCGCCGACAAUCGAUCGACAAUUCGCCGUCUCCCGGCGGAAGUGUCGGGUGGAGCUCCGAGACUAAUCCGACGCCAAACAUCUUCAACGUGGAUAAGCUCAAGCGGAUGAAGAACGUGAUCACCACCAGUUCGGAGGUGAUUGUAGGUACCGAGAGGAAGAUCUCGAAGAGAAAGAAGGCGCAAAGAGAUUUUUACACCGAGAGUUCGGCGGCAGUUUCCCCACCAGCUUCAGCGGUGGGCUCAAGUACUACAUCGCCAGGUGCUUCGUCGGUUUCACCACAGAAUCUGACUGAUGAAACCAGCCGAGUGGUUUCUCCGGGCUAUGCCUAUACGCAGCCUCCGCCUUUCCAAGGCGGAUUAUCGCCUUCGGAUAUACCGACAUCACCUGAGGUUGCAGAGAAAGAGGCUUUGCGUUUGAGAGAACGAGCUCUGAUGCCUUCUGAACCUGACUGGAGCGGGGAUCCAGAAGGGACAACAGCGCCUGAUCUGCCUCACAAUUCACAUUUACUGGAGUAUGCGAUUCCUGCCGAAGCAGGCUCAGACGCAGGUUAUGACGAGGAAUAUACAGACUAUGUUCCCAUGUAUGUGCGAGAAGAGGAGUCUUUGGACACCAUUCACGAGGAUAGUGCGGGCUCAGACUAA